ACUGCACCCUGCUGUUUGAUACUGUAUCAACUCGGUGUCCAGAUGCGUAUAGCGGAUACAUUGAAAGCAGCUCACACUCCGGACACACACGACGGCAAAGAGAAAAUACUUACAUGAAUAUCUGAUGUUCGAUAGUUCUACAUAAAGCGCCACAACCUAAAUGUUUGUGCAAUUGUACAAUGCCGAUUGGUUUUCGAUUUGGAACAAGGGCCAUCUUAUUGAACUCCCGUAACCGCUGAUCUAGGAUCCGCUCAUCCUCCCCAAUUCUAACCUUAACCAUUGGUGGGAAAAACGCUAAACUGAACCUAGAUCGUCGUCUAAGGGCAACUUCAUCCUUUAUACUCUGAACCAACCCUUUUUCUCAAGGGGGGAAUCAAGUUUGUGUGUGAGAGCGCUAGCUGGCUGUCAGAAGUGGCGGAGUAAGGGAGGGAGGGGAAUAGGGUGGACAUACAACGCUAGCCAACAGAGGGGGUGGCGUUUGAUUCGGUAAAAACCGAGAUUGAACGAACGGACUGUGGAACCAACGAAACUGCCCCUUUAAAUCAGGAAUACAGCGCAUUCGGAGGAGGUGAAGGUUUACAGCUGACCAUCUGACCUGAGGUCACAACCACUUCUGUCCAGCUGAAUGACCCAACUCACCUGGUCAGCCCAUCCCCUGCACACACACCUGUCCCACCUGGUACACCUGUCUACCAACCCAACACACACCUGUCCCACCUGGUACACCUGUCUACCAACCCAACACACACCUGUCCCACCUGGUACACCUGUCUACCAACCCAACACACACCUGUCCCACCUGGUACACCUGUCUACCAACCCAACACACACCUGUCUGGCCCUUGGAGCAGACUCUGAUCUGCACACCAUCCGCUAGUGGGGGUGUGUGUAUUGAUGGAUCAGGAUGUCAACCAAUAACAACAUCGCCCAGGCCAGGAAACUGGUGGAACAACUGAGGAUCGAGGCAGGGAUCGAACGUAUUAAGGUGUCCAAGGCAGCGGCAGACCUGAUGAGUUACUGUGAGCAGCACGCCCGUAACGACCCGCUCCUCGUUGGCGUCCCAACGUCAGAAAACCCUUUCAAAGACAAGAAACCCUGCAUCAUCCUAUAGCUGCACACUCGUCUCUGCCCAUCAGACACACACACACCUCUGCCCACACACACACCUCUGCCCACACGCACACUCCCACCGGCUGACUCUGCAACAGCCAACAAGGCCCAGCUCUGUCAAGCUAUACAUACCACACACACACACACACACACACACACACACACACACACACACACACACACACACACACACACACACACACACACACACACACACACACACACACACACACACAAGAAACGAAAUAGCCACUCUGGAAAAGCGCCAUACUCAAUAGCCACAGCUAGGGGGCGGUGUCUGUGUUUACAGACCACAUUACCACAUUAGUGAUAUUAGCCCUGAGUUGUGUCUCUGUGGUGCUGAGGGUAAGCCUGCACUAACAUGCAGCCCUACCUGAUACUGGUUACUUACUCACCCACAGAGAUAGUGACACUCAAGUGGAGAUGGCAGAUUUAAUUGAAAAAGGGAUUAGGACAAUUAUCUUAAUAGGAAUCCACAGUCGCCUACAUGAAGUCAUAGGCUGAUGUAUAGCAUGUAUUUUAGUGAAUCUAUGAUUUGUUGAUUCAUUGAUUAAUCGAUUGAUUGAUCGCAUGUAUCUGUGUGCUGUGGAGUGAGGGGUAUAAGGUACAUGAGGGUAAGGAGUGAGGUGGGGGUGUAUGUGUGACCAAUCUGGUGUAAAACCUGGGUCGUCCGUGUGAUACAAGAUGUGUUAGCCCUCUCAGCUAAAGCCUAGCCAUUAGCCGUGGAAGCUAAUACAAGUCUUCAGGUCUCAGGCAUGGUUACCCAUCACUAAACCACUGUGGCUAUACACGGUGUGUUUGUUAGCCAUAUAGUGGCUGACUUGCCACUGACUUGCUAAGUAUCACAAUGGGGAUGGCCCCUUCCUGAAACCUUGGGUCAACGGUAAUGUCAGUGUUUCCACAAGACAUUGUGUUUUUGUGAACAUGGCAUUGAAACACUGAGCAGGUUGGUGGUACAUGCUGCAUAUGUACCCACUGUGUUUAAACCCGGAUCAUCUGCAAUGCCACAAGACUGUGUUAGCCCACUGAGCUAAAGCAUAGGCUACAUACACUCCCACUCUAGCGACGGUUAUCGAUCAACAGUGUUACUGCUUUGGUUUUGAGUUCUUGGUCAGUGGGUUUUCUAUAGGCCAAAACUCCAGCUGUGUCGAUUUGUGGAUUAAGUUGCCCCUAUAUACUGAUCUAAGAUCAGUCUUGUGUUUUCCCUCUAAUGGUAAAGGUUAGGAUUUAGAGAGGGUAUUAUGAUGCUAGAUCUGUGUCUAAAAGGCUGCGUUUACACAGGCAGCCUAAUUCAGAUCUUUGUCCACUAAUUGGUCUUUUGACCAAUCAAAUCAGCUCUUUUUCCAAUAAUAAGGCUAAAGAUCAGAAUUUUGCUGCCUGUGUAAACUCAGCCUAAUGAAACUUCUUUCUUGAGUACUGACGAGUACUGAGAGGCUAACUGUGUUCAAGUUUUUAACCCCAGAAGUAUAUAUAUAUGUUUUUUAAUUAAUUAUCGUUUCAAUAUUUUGUCAAUUUAUUGCCAUACACUUAGCAGAUACUGUAGGUUUCCAUUCACUCCUUAACUUACACUUGAGGCAAAAGUUUACCUUAACCACAGAUCUAGGAUCAGAUUAUCAUCCCCAAUCUUAACUUGAACCAUAAGGGGGGUGUACAAAUAUCUGAUCCUAUAUCAGUGGUUAGAUACAUCACUAGUUCUGCCAAUGAGAGCAAGCAUCACAUCAUGGGCUUUGCUUAUUGGCUCAUCGUGUGUUCUAUUGAGGAACAGGAGCAAAUUACAAAGUGGUGUCCCGUGUCCCCACCUCCACAGUCCUAUUCCUCUACUCCCAAACCAAACUUGAUUGUAAAAAAUGUAAAAGACACUAGAGAAAAUAAAAACAAAAGUGUAUAAACUUUCUUUAAGCCAUGUGCAGAAGUGAUACGUUUUGAGAGUAGCUGUUUUGGGUUUGGUUUGAGUUUCUUUCUAAAUGGAAGCAGGUCAGUCGAGUAUUAUUAUCCAACUGUACAGUGUUUGUAAGAUAAAACCUAGGCCAGAAUUCAAUCAAAGUGCAUUAAACUUUUUCCACCAAAAAAAACAAAAUGCGCUUUAAUUGAAUGUCAGCCUGUUGCAGAAUCUUUUCUGUGGACGUUCAAUUUUUGCGUAAAUAUUUCCCUUCUGAUAGAAUUUAUUCUGUUUCCUCAUUCAGCUUGAGGCAGGUUCACACACACACACACACACACACACACACACACACACACACACACACA